UUCGCACAAUGUUUUAAGUUUCCUGCAACCAGGUCCACCAGGGUUGCUCGUGUCGAAAGCUUAGUACGUUCUGCAUCGUAACCUUGAUCAACUCGUUCACUUGAUCGACUACCAAACAUGGCACAACAUGCUGUAUGGACGAAGGUUGCGAGCCAUGAAAGACUUCAACGAUCGUCCGUUUCCGUCUGCGCCAUUGGAUCGGCUGCGUAUGUGUUUGGGGGCGAAUUGAAGCCUCGACAACCUCGGGACAACGAUGUCCACAUGAUCAACUUGGCAGAUGGCCAUAGCGACAGGAGAGUCCAAACAUUCUCUGCCAGCAAGGACUCUCCGCCACCGCGCGUCGGUGCGGCUGUUGCAACACUAGCCAACAAAAUGUACAUGUUCUCCGGUCGUGGAGGUGAGGCAAUGGCUCCCAUGGAUGAAAAGGGUGGGCUUUGGAUGUUCGAUCCGUCUAAGGAAGCAUGGAGCUUCUUGUCACCAUCGUCAAUGGCUUUCCCGGAGGCCCGGAGCUACCACUGCAUGGCCAGUGACGGCAAAGACACCAUCUACCUCCAUGCAGGUUGCCCCGAGAAAGGCAGAUUAUCCGAUCUGUGGGCAUUUGACGCUUCGGAGGGGAAGUGGACACAGUUGGCCUCCGCUCCUGGCCCACCGAGAGGCGGCGCAUCAAUAGAAUUCGUGGAUGGCAGACUCUACCGAAUGAACGGGUUCGACGGCAAAACGGAGCAAGGUGGUUGUCUGGACGUCUUCGAUACGAUCAGCAAUAGCUGGAGUUCCACCUCCUAUUCGGCUGACGGCACGUCGGGUCCUGGAGCUCGUAGUGUCUCAGCUUUGAAGGCAGUAAGGAAGAAUGGAAGCACGGUUCUUGUUACCAUGUUCGGUGAAAGCGAUCCCAGCUCUCUAGGGCAUCAAGGUGCGGGCAAGAUGCUGAGUGAUGUAUGGUCCUACUCACUCAAGGAACAGGAGUGGGCGGAGGUCAAGUCUGCUCAAGAUGUUCCACAAGCCCGAGGCUGGUUCGAUGCCGGCGUCGUUGAGGUAGAUGGAACGGAGGGCAUUGUGAUUGUAGGAGGUCUAGGUGAAUCGAACGAGCGCUUGGACGAUGCGUGGUUUCUCACGCUAGAAUGAAGCCGCGCAUUUCAGCUGGAUUAUCCAUGUUGUCGUGCAAAAGCUGUUAACGCGAACACUGAGAU